AUGAUUAAAAAUAUAUUUGAAAGUUCAAAAAAUAUUGAAAGAGAGAUUGGACAUUAUUUGUUUGGAACAUGGAUCUAUUUGUUGUUGUUAGUUGCGAUACUCAGUGGAAUAAAACUGAUUAGCAAUAAAACAAUAAAGUUUAUAUUUAAAUGGAUCGUACAGCUUUUGUUUGUUAUAUCGGUACUGAAUAUCACGCUGGUGAUGCUGUUGGAUCAAACAUAUAUCAAGUAUCCAUCGGAUGCCUAUGCCAUGCUGCCUUCGGGUGAUGGUGGCGUCAGUUACAUGGUACCAUUCAACGGAAACAACUUACACUUUAGAUGCUAUGAAAAUAAUAAUAACAAUUGUAAUAAUACCGAUCAAUGUAAAACAAUAUUAUUUGAAUCUGGAUUACCAUUUUACUCUAGUGUUUGGGGAAAUGUUAUUUCUAAAAUGGUUACAAUGAUGGGAAAUAGAAAGGAUUACAGUGAAGAGUUGGCUCAGAUUGGUAGAUUUUGUGUUUACGAUAGAUAUGGAUAUGGUUGGAGUGACUCUAGAACAGAGUCUAUCGGUGCUUUGCAGAUGUCCAAUGAUCUCUCAGAGUAUUUAAAUGUACUGGGUAUCGGAGGUGAUCAAAUCAUAUUCGUAGGAUGGUCAUACGGUGGUGCCAUCGGUCAGAUUUUCACCUCACAAAAGAAGACCGCUGGAUUAGUACUUGUUGACUCUAUGGAUAUAAUAGAUGGUACAAACGAUGCACUAAUACAAGGUAUUAUAGAUGGUAAAAAUUCAUUUUUAUUAUUAAAUCUAUUUAGAUUAACUGGUAUACCAAGAAUAAUAGAUUCAUAUCCAUUGGAGAGUGGAUAUCUCAGUGCACAGAUACCAUUGGAUCCACAUUUGAAGUACUAUUCGAAUCAUGUCUUUUUGAAUUCCGACUUCCUCCAAGCGGCAUGGCAUGAACUCAAUGUUCUAUUGGAUUCUUUGCGAGAUUUGGAAAUACAAAUCAACACUACUAUGGUUGCGAAUAACGGUUAUCCAUUUGGAUCCACUCCACUUGUUGUACUGACAGCCGGAGAAAACGGAGAUCACGAUUGGAUACAAAGACAGAAUACUUUAGCUUCAUACUCCUCAAACAGCUUCCAUAUUAUAAACAACAACACCAAUCAUUUCGUUCCAUUCCAAUCACCAGAUUCAAUUAUAAACGCCAUUAUAAAAUGUAUUUCAAUGAUAAAUCAACAACCGAAUCAGUAA